GUGAAUUGUAGAAUUUCCCUAUAAUUCACAAAUUUUAUAAAGAAAAUAAAAUAACAGGAAAAAAAAAUUAAAAAAAGGCUUGGAUUCUGACUUUGGUCGGGUUUUGGGCGUAGCCAUCGUCAGCUCUCUUCUUAGAAACCCUAACUAUCCGCCACUCCUGAACCUCCGCUCCGGCUCCGAUGGCGAGGAAGCGAAAAUUGGAGUCUAGAUCCAAAGAUCCUAACAAACCUCCCAAGAAGCACCAACAACUACAGGUUUUUGAGGAUCCUAAGUAUCCCGAGGAAGAAGAGUACGAAGAAAUUGAACAAGAGUACGAAGAAGUUGAAGAAGAGGAGGAGGACGACGACGACGAUGAAGAAGAAGAGGAAGAAGAUGAGGAGGAAGACGAUGAGGAAGAAGAUGACGACCAGGAAGGUGCUCUUAAGUCAAGCGCCGCCGCCAAUCGUGUAAAGCGGAAGGUUGAGACAUCCGCCUCAGGUAGGGCUGGUGACAUCGAUGAUGAGGAAGAGAUUCAGAAGCUUCUUGAACCAUUCAGCAAAGAACAUCUUAUGAAUCUCUUAUGCGAAGCAGCGGAUAAGCACCCGGACGUGGCGGAUCGGAUUCGGAAGGUUGCUGAUGAGGACCCGGUUCACCGUAAAAUCUUCGUCCACGGUCUUGGUUGGGACACCAACGCAGAGACGUUGAAGAACGCCUUCAUAGAAUAUGGUGAGAUCGAGGAAUGCAAGGCUGUCUGCGAUAAAGUCUCAGGCAAGUCCAAAGGGUAUGGCUUUAUCGUAUUUAAGAAUAGGGGCGGGGCGCGUAGGGCACUAAAGGUGCCUCAGAAGAAGAUUGGUAAUCGGGUGACGGCUUGCCAACUCGCUUCACUUGGCCCAGCUCCAACUCCUGGUGCUGGGGCGUCGGCAGCAGCCCAGUCGGCGCAGCUGCAGACUCCGACUUCUGAGUACACGCAGAGAAAGAUAUACGUGAGCAAUGUUGGGGCGGAGCUGGAUCCACAGAAACUGCUUACAUUCUUUUCCAAGUAUGGAGAAAUUGAGGACGGGCCAUUGGGGAUGGAUAAGCAUACUGGGAAGCCUAAAGGGUUUUGCUUGUUUGUGUAUAAGUCUGUGGAGAGUGCGAAGAAGGCUCUUGAAGAGCCACAUAAGAAUUUUGAAGGCAACAUUUUGCAUUGCCAGAGAGCGAUUGAUGGUCCUAAGUCGGGCAAGUCCCAACAACACAAUCACCACCACCAUAACCAUAGCCAAAACCCAAAGCAACAUGGUGCUCAGUUCCAGAGAAAUGAAAAUGCUGGGUUUGUUGGCGGGAGUGCAGCUGGGACGGGGCACUUGAUGGCACCAGGUGGAGCUGGGACUGGAUUCAACCAGGGAGCUGCGGCAGUUCAGGCAUUGAACCCUGCACUUGGGCAAGCUCUGACUGCGUUGCUGGCAACUCAGGGUGCUGGUUUGGGGUUGACUAACUUGUUUGGGACGAUGGGGGCUGGUACUGCUGUGACCCCAGGAAUAGCAGGAGGAGGUCAUGGAAUGCAGGGUGCUUAUGUGAAUCAAGCUAAUAUGAGUCCCGGUAUGAUGGGAGCAUAUGGGAACCAAGGGGGAGUGCCAGGUGGAUACCUGAACCAGCAGAUAGGGCAGGGGGGACCUGGGAGAGGACAGCAGGGCGCCGGUCAAUAUGGGGGUGCUUCAGCAUAUAUGGGGAACUAGAUCCACAUAGGUGCAUCAGUCUUUUUGUACUGGUAUGCUGAAUCUUCUGAAGUUAAGGAGCUGAUGGUUAUUGCAAAGAGCAGAAUCUUAAAAAUCUUAAAAUGAAAAUUCUAUUUUCAUGAUUGCAUUUUCCUCUCCCACCCCCCUUUAAAAAUAUUUGUAGUUUUCUCUUGUUUAAAAGCUGAACCAUUUCAGUACUUAAUUAUAAUGAUCAAUUUGUGUACUCUUUAAGUUAUUGAGCUUGAACAAAAAAUGCUUUUUGAAAAUUUCAAUGUUGUGUUUUAAAUAAGUUUUAUAUAAGAUUUGUUUUAGUUGUUUCAA